UUUUUUUUUUAUUAUAUCCACUUGUUUAUACCCUCAUCUCUAUUUGUACAAUAACCACAACGAUGCAAGACUCUCCUCUCAUUACUUUUGCUUGGUGUCCUACUACUCCUAUUCUUGCUACUGGGUCUUAUCAUAGUAAAACGUCUCAAAUAGAACUUUUCCAAUUGAGUACCAACCUAUCAGGUACAAUACAAAAAUCAAUUGGUAAGGUCAAUUCUUCUUCAAGAUUAUCUGCUUUGGCUUGGGGGAAUUCACAAAUAGCUAAACCUUGGGGUAUCUUGGCAGCAGGAACAAAUACUGGUGGUUUGGAAUUAUGGGAUCCUUAUGCUAUAUCUGAUCAUGAUGAUUCUAACAAAAAUGCAUUCCUAUCUCAACGAACAACAACACAUACACAGUCUAUUUUUUAUAUGGAUUUCAAUAUACACCAACCCAAUUUACUUGUCACCGCUGGUAGUGAUAAUGAAGUUUUCAUAUGGGAUCUUGCCAAUAAUCCUGAAAUACCUUAUACUCCUGGGGCUCAUACACCUAAUAUGGAUGAACAACUUACAAAAGUGGGAUGGAAUUGUCAAGUCCCUUAUAUAUUGGCUACCUGCUUUUCUAAUGGUCAUACAUCUAUAUUAGACUUAAGAUCCAAAAAGAAAGUAAUGGAAUUAACUGGUAGAUAUCCUUUAUCAUCUGUAGCUUGGCAUCCUGAUAUCGCUACGCAAUUGGUGACUUCUUCAAUGGAUGAUACGCAUUCUGUGAUCACGUUAUGGGAUUUGCGCAGAGCUAAUACUCCUGAGAAGACUAUGCAAGGCCAUUCAAAAGGUGUCCUGGAUUUAUCUUGGUGUCGUCAGGAUAGUGAACUCUUAGUAUCAAGUGGCAAAGAUGGAAAGAUUCUUAGUUGGGAUCCUCGAACUGGCUCUUACACUGAUAUAGCUGAAUCCGAUUCUUCAUCUAUUCAAAUUGAUUUUUGCCCUCGAAAUCCAAAUUGGUUGGCAUCGGCAUCUUUGGGUGGCGAGAUUAAUGUAUGGUCUAUUCAACAUGGUCAUAGGACAACUUCUUUGGAAGGAUACAAUCCUGAUAUUAUCCUUGAAGAACAACAUCUUCCAAUCAAACAACCACCUAAAUGGUUACGUCGACCUGUUGGAGCUACUUUUGGUUUUGGUGGAAAAUUGGUUUUAUUUGGUCAUCAUCCAAGAUCAGAUUCUCAACGUCAGGAACAACAAUCGGAUGAACUUACCACGCGGAAAGUGAAAUUGACAAUCAUCAGCGAUACAGAUAUAGUGCAACGAUCAUCAACUCUAGAAUACGCCAAAAUUGAUCAUCAGAUGUUAUUGAAAUUUAUGGAUGAAAAGUGUCAACAAGAAUAUGUCAACAAUCAUUGGCGUCUCCUGAGAAUAUUGUUUAUGGAAAAUGCAAGAGAACAACUGAUCAGCUAUUUGGGUCUAGACAAACAAGAGCUCUUGUUGCAAAAAGCCGUGAACUUAUCGACAUUAUCACCAUCGUCACCAUCAUCAUCAUCAUCGCCUCCAUCUCCAUCUCCUAUAUCAUCUAACAUCAAUAUGAAUACGACAACAAAGCAGAUUUCUACUCUUUCUGGUAUUUUUCGAUCUGCAGAUAUUCAUCCUCCUUCCGAUAUUGACUUUUUUUCACAAACAGCUCCACCAGAGAGGAAAACAAUAACAUCGGAUACGUCAAUACGGGACUCUAGGAUUUCUCGAGCAGUGGCUAUAGGGGAUUUUGAAUCAGCAGUGACACUUUGCUUGGAAGACGAAUCACGGAUGGCAGAUGCUCUGAUUUUGGCUGUUAGUGGAGGUCCCGAUCUCUUCAAUCGAACAAGACGACUCUAUUUGGAACGACAAGCGCAUGUGUCCUAUCUACAUCUUCUGGAUCAUCUAGUACGUCAAGAUUUGAUGACUUUUGUUCAAAACAGCCAUGUCAACGAUUGGAAAUUGGUGUUAGCCGUCCUAUGUACGUUUGCAACCUCGGAUGAAUUUGCAACUCUAUGUGAAGCAUUGGGUUCACGAUUGGAAACUGCUUCUACUUCUGCUCCUCCUACAUCCUUAUAUACUUUACCUCCACCGGAUGAAUUACUACAACAUGCCUCAAUAUGCUAUCUUGCUUCUGGGAAACUGGAACGACUCUUACCUCUUUGGAUUGCUGAACUUGACCAACAUGACGAAACGGAUGCUCAGAAUUUGGAAUUACAAGAAUUUAUAGAAAAAGUGAUGGUAUUUCUUUCUGCUAUUGAAUUUGAUGAUCCUUUCUUGACUGAUAGCGGACAUUCUGAUAUUAUUACAACAACAUCAACCUCUAAUAAGAAUACUCGAUGGAUGGAUAUACUCUAUAGUAAGUACUGUGAAUAUGCCUAUUUUUUGGCAAUAAAUGGGCAACUGGAUACAGCAUUCAAAUAUCUUGGUCUUGUGCCUGACAGCUUUUAUGGACAAAACGGCAAUGAAGGAAUGGCUAUUAUUCGAGAUCGGAUCUAUCGUGCGACAAGUCAUCAUGGAAUGAUUCUUCUAAAUAUGGACCAUACGUCUCCUUUUGGUUCUUAUCAUAUCAUUCGUGAUUCAUCUUCGGAGCAGACUGAAUCGGUGGAGCACCAAAUUUAUCAGCAACGACGAUACCAGCAGCAACAAUACCAGGAGCAACAACAACAACCACAGCGGCAACAUCAUCAUCCUCAACAACAACAAUAUCAACAGCAACAACAGGAGCAACAGCAACAACAAUAUCAUCAUCAUCAACAACAACAGAAACAACCACAACAGCAGCAUCAACAACAACAACAGCAACAUCAGCUACUAUUUCAUCGUCCUUCACUCGAUAUUCUUCAACCUCAACAUCAAUAUUUGGCAAAGGAUCGAGGAAAUGAUAGGUAUGCCAAGGACAGCAACGCGGAUGCACUUUUUAUGACAGCAAGGGAUAUUCCUUUCUUUGAUCCGCCAACAAAUAGCGAAACUACACCUCCUUUGCGACAAGAAACACAUUUUUUUGAUUCAUAUACACCACAAACUGACUCUCCAACUACCUUACACAACACGGUCGACACAUCUACUGAAGCAAUAAAAAGCACCUAUCUUGACAUGCAAUCAUUAUCGGCCACGUCACCUAUUACAUUACAAAACAGGGAUACGGAAGGAUUUGAUUAUUUUGAAAAACAACAACGACAAAACUACCAAAAACAACGACCACAGUAUACAGAUACUCCUACAUCAGGACCUCCUACUGCACAACAUUUAUGGACUCAACACAUUUGGGGAACCAAUAAAGAACAACAACAACAACAAAAGUCACCACCAUAUCCAUCUCCUCAAAGAAAUCAUCAAAAGACGACCUCACCUCAAUAUCAAGGCACACAAGGAGGAAAAGCACAUCAACAUCAUGUAGAAAAUUCAGAUAUCUUUUCAUCAGCGGAAACACAGGAUGAAAAAUCGUCACCUCGUUUUCGAACAUCACCUCACAAUCCUUCGAAUCAAUUACAUAGAUCUCCUCAAGGAAAUAUGCCAGAGAAAAGACGUUAUCCGAAAGAAGAUCGAUCUCAUAUCAAGCCAGAACAUGAACCAAUCUAUCAAAUCUUAUCACAAGCUAGUCCUCAAUCAAGACAUCGCAUGGAGCAUGGUCAACGGAAAUAUUGGGAAGAUACAGACAAAAGAUUAGGAUAUUUAUUUGAACAAUUGAACAAUGAUGAUGUAUCUGACAGUGUGGCUCAAUCAUUACUAGAACUUGUACAAGCAUUUUCGAAUGGUCGUUAUGAACAAGCUUUGAACAUCCAAAUGAAUCUAGUGACAACAAAAUAUGAUGAAUGUAGCAGUUGGCUUUUGGCGGUGAAACGAAUUAUUGAAUAUGGUAGACAAGGUGCCUAGUUUAGUUAUUGACUUUGAUCCAUUUUUAGCAAUAAAAAAAAUCCAACCAUUCUUUUUUUUUUUUUUCUUCCUGCUUUGUUGUGUAUCAUAUUUGACUUCCGACAGAUUUUUUUAAUUCGACUUCAAAUUUUUUUUU